AUGGCAGAGAGUUCUUCGAAUCCGCUGAUCUCUUCCAAACCGUCAGACUCCGGUCUUCAUGUCCAACUGCAUCCUCUCGUCCUUCUCACCAUCUCCGAUCAUAUCACGAGACAUACUGCGAGGCAACAACAAGACCCUAUUGUCGGGGCUCUGCUCGGCCAGCAGCAGGGCCGGGAAAUAAGCCUGGAGUAUGCAUUUGAAUGCCAUACAAUUACCGGCCCUAACGAUGAGAUCCUUCUCCACCAGACAUGGUUCGAGGAGAGGGUCAAGCAAUACAAGGAUGUACAUAAAUCCCCGGCGCUCGAUUUGGUUGGCUGGUUUACUACUACUCCUCCGUCCGGCCCUGAUGCUUCUCACCUUCCCAUCCACCGGCAGAUUCUCCACGACUACAAUGAGUCCGCAGUGUUCCUGGCAUUCCACCCAUCCCUGGUACAGUCGCCCUCUACGAACGGGGCCAAGCUUCCCCUGACAAUUUAUGAGAGUGUUUUUGAGGGGGAAAAUGUGGCGGACGCAGAUAAGGUCAUGCAGGUCGAUGGGGAAGAACAGUCGUUAAAUAUCCGGUUCCGAGAGUUGCCGUACUCCGUAGAGACGGGAGAGGCGGAGAUGAUCAGCAUUGACUCUGUCGCUCGAGGUGGAGGGAAUGCUAUGGCCAUCGAGGCUCCUGGGGCCGCUGCCACGACCGAAGCUCAGUCGGAGGCGGGCAAAAAGAAGCGGCAUGCAGGCGCCACGGAAAAGGCCGAUGGCAAGCAGAAGCCCCAAGAAGCUACUUCCGUACUGUCCCCAGAGGACGAAGAUUUGAUUGCCAGUCUUACUACGCGACUUAAUGCGGUGAAAACGUUGGAGUCCCGGAUACGUUUGAUAAAGUCAUACCUGGCCAACCUGCCGCCAUCAUUUCUCGACGGCAGCGGCGUUCAAUCCGACUCAAAGGAUACCAACACCCCAGGCCUCUCAUAUCCCAUCCUCCGCAACAUCCAAUCUCUUAUCUCUGGGCUGUCGCUCUUGGCUCCUCAGGACGAGGAAGCAUUCGCCGUCGAAUCCCUUGCGCAGGAGAACGACGUCACCCUGGUGUCCCUGCUAGGACUCCUCGGGGAGAACGUACAGCACAUGAGAGAACUGGGCAAGAAAUCCGCCAUCGUGGAAUCCACAAGACAGAGCAUGGCCUCCUCCCGAAAGGCCCUUCAGUCGCGGUUCGAAAAUGAGCUCCGAGAAGGAGCCUUCCCGGGAGCCAUGCACGUAUCGUGA